UUUUUGAAUGAAGAAUAUCGGCGAGCUGUUACGUGAGUGUUUAGAUGAAGAAUUGGUGUCGGAGUGCAAUGAUGAAAUAGACAAUCUAGCUAGUGCAAUAGAGUACCACGUGGACCAUACUAUGGCACAGAAUGAGACCAUGGCCAACUGUGAGAAGCAGAAGCGACUGGACAUAGAGAGACAGUUGAAACAUGCGCUCCAUAUUUUGGACACUGUUAGAGGAGAGAUUGAAGAUACGAAGCAGAAGCACAUGAAAGUAGUGGAGAGACUCAGAGGUCAGAGGUCACAGCUUAAAACAGACAAGGUGCGUCUGAGCACUGAGUUGGCGAACAUUACUAAUGAGGUGGCUAGACUAACAGUUGUGCAGCAGCAAGUGGGAACGGUAGAGGACAGGAUUGAGAGAGUGGGCAGGAAUUGUCAGCACAGCAAACACACGGACCACUCAAAACUGCGUUUUGUGGACAAGGGAGAUGUGGGGCAGAGUGGGAGGGGGGAGUUGGAGCAGGAGUUGAGUGUGAGCAGGGCGGUGGUGAUGCAACAACAAUGCAAUCUGGAGACACUCAGAAAUAACAUCAAACUGAGGGGAAACAACAACAGCAUCCACUGCGACAGCCUCGAAAAUAUCAACAAAAAAGGAAAGAACCAGGGCAUUAAAUGGGCGGAACCGUCAACAAAGCCCACUAAUGAUAGCAACAACAACAAACUCAACAAAGAGAUGAUGAAAGUUAUCAGCAGUUCUGUUCACGAAGCAAUCGACAAGCAGUCGAAAAAUGUGCAAAACAGCGAAGCGUUGCAAAAAAGAGUUGCGGCGCUUCUGUUGCAGUCCGAACAGAAAUCGAUUUCGGAGCUGAACUCGAGAAUGAACAAACAUAUUGAAACUUUGACUUGUUUAUUGCAGAAUUUGCCGAGACCUGGUACUAAUAAAGCUCCAUGAAAUUUUAACAAAUUAAUCAGCUGUGAUGUUUGGAUAAAUUGUUUGAACUAAUAA